AUGGCAAUGGCUAGUUCUCAGAAAAACACCUGUCUGAAGUGGCAAGUGAUAACCUUGAUGAUCUCGGUUUGCGCCUGGGAUUUUGUCACCGGGCAGAUUCGCUACUCGAUUCCCGAAGAGUUGAAGCAUGGCGCGUUUGUUGGGAAUAUCGCCGAUGAUCUGGGACUGGAUGUCAGGCAACUCUCAGCUCGCAGGUUCCGCAUCGUCCCCGCCGCCAACACUCAGUACUUGGAGGUGAAUCUGGAGAACGGGAUUUUGUUUGUAAACGAGAAGAUGGACAGGGAGCAGCUGUGUGACCUGAGCCCCAGCUGCUUUCUGCAUCUGGAAAUCGUGGUGGAGAAUCCGCUGGAGUUGAACCGCGUUGAAGUGGAGAUACUGGACGUGAACGACAAUUCCCCCAGUUUCCCUUGGCGUGAAUUCCGUUUGGAGAUCGCCGAGUCGGUGGCACUCGGAUCGCGUUUCCCACUUGAGAAUGCGCACGACCCAGAUGUGGGCACCAAUUCGCUGCAAAGCUACCGGCUCAGUCCCAACCAGUACUUCAGCCUGGAGGUUCAGACUCGCAACGAGCGCAAUAAGUUUCCCGUGUUGGUGCUGGACAGAUCCCUGGACCGGGAGAACCAGGCGGUUCACCAGAUGGUCCUCACUGCUCAGGACGGUGGCGUCCCGGAGAGAUCGGGCACCGCUCUGGUAGUCGUCACCGUCCUUGACGUUAACGAUAACGCUCCGGUCUUCGAUCAGGCUGUGUAUACUGUCUGCCUGGUGGAAAACGCCCCGAGGAACACUUUGGUGAUUAAACUUAACGCUACGGAUUUGGACCAAGGUUCCUAUGGAGAGGUGAGCUAUUCCUUCAGCAACCAUGCACCCGCCAGAUUGCGCCAACUCUUUCGGGUCGAUCCCCAGACGGGCGAAAUUCGGGUCAAAGGCGUCGUGGAUUAUGAAGAGGCCAGUGUUUACGAGAUUUAUGUACAGGCGAAAGACAGGGGUCUUUACACGGCGGCCGUGCAUUGCACAGUGGUAGUGGAGAUCAUCGAUGUCAACGAUAACGCGCCCGAGGUGAUACUGACUUCGGUGUCCAGUCCGAUUCGGGAGGAUGCUUCACCGGGGACGGUGAUCGCCCUGAUCAGUGUGACCGACCGUGAUUCCGGGGAAAACGGGAAGACUACCUGUCACAUCCCCGCUCACCUCCCUUUCAAACUCCAGUCAUCUUUCAAGAACUAUUACACUCUGGUUACGGAUGACCGGCUGGAUCGCGAGAGAGUUUUCGAGUACAAUGUGAGCAUUACUGUCAGAGACUUGGGCACCCCAUCCCUCUCCACCGUCAAAACCAUUCUCGUCAAGGUUUCGGAUGUCAAUGAUAACGCGCCGCGUUUUUCACACCCGUCCUACACGGUAUAUCUGAUGGAAAAUAACGCGCCCGGCGCGUCGAUCUGUUCUGUAUCCGCCUGGGAUCCAGAUUCGGACCAGAACGCGUAUGUAUCUUACUGCAUCUUGGACAGUAAGAUAAAGGGAACUCCCAUAUCAUCGUAUGUCUCCAUCAACUUAAACACGGGCAACCUCUAUGCUCUGCGCUCUUUUGACUAUGAGCAACUUAAGAAUUUCCAGGUCCAAGUUCAAGCGCAGGACGCGGGGUUUCCAUCGCUUCACAACAAUGUAACGGUGACUGUGAUUAUCCUGGAUCAGAACGACAAUGCUCCCGAGAUCGUGUCCCCGCUGCCGCCGAACGGUUCGGUGGAGAUGGUGCCCCGCUCCGCCGAUCCCGAUUACCUGGUGGCGAAAGUAACGGCGGUCGAUGAUGACUCGGGUCAGAACUCCAGGCUGAGUUACCAGCUGUUCCAAGCGACCGACCCGGGACUCUUCAGCAUGGCCCCGUUCACCGGAGAGAUUAGGACCACCCGCCGCUUUGAAGACCACGACACCCCCAACCAGAGGUUAGUUGUCCAUGUCACGGACAAUGGAAAGCCACCUCUCUCCACCUCAGUCACCAUCAGCGUUUCAAUAGUCGACAGUGUUCCGGAGGUCAUCUCGGACUUAACGGAGGGGCCCCAAACCAUUGAAUACUUUUCCGAUUUCAACCUUUACUUGAUCGUCUCGUUGGGCUCCGUCUCCUUCGUGUUCCUGUUAGCCAUCAUCGCCCUGGUGACCGUCAAGUGUCACAAGGAUAGACACGGCACCCUUGGCCAUCACUGUGCGCUCAGUACCUGUUGCUCCCGUGGCCCCAGCCGUUGCUGCUGCCUCCGGAGAAAACAUUCAAGGGACGUGCUGAAUAAUUCCCACACCAACUUUCAGAUGCCCCCCAGUGUGAAAGCCCCGCCCAGCUCGAUGGAGGUCGGGGGUAGCGGCUCGCUUUCCCAGACCUACUGCUACAAGGUGUGCCUGAGUCCCGAAUCGGCCAAGAGCGACUUAAUGUUCCUCAAGCCUUACAGCUCAUCCACGCCUGCCGGAACUAACACGAAGCCCGCCAGCCCCUACGUGACUGCGUGGAGAAAGCAGGCAUCAGAUGGGGCCAAUAUUGGAACCAACGGAUCCAGCGAGGUUUCGGGUCUCCAUGGUGCGUUGUUCAUUCCUUGAACGGGAAUUAAUGAAGAGGUCCUUUCUUACGUGAUUUCCCCAGUGUAGUGCAGGAUGUAGCGCUCACAGACUUUAAACCUAAGUGUGAAUUCAAAGUACUCUAUCUCUCUUUGCCUGCUGAAAAUUGCUUCCACCACGAAUAAA